CUGUUGCCGGGCGUGUGUAGAACCUACGAUCGGAAAAUAUUCUAUUUGUCACAAGUAAGGUUGUAUUAUAAGAAGAAGAAGCAGAGGACUUCUACUUGAAUACCUCGGUCGGACGUUACUCAUUCGACGCGUCGCACAACAAUUUCAAACCGACCGCGUUACGCGCUGGUACUUAGUCGCGGAUUGGCGGAUUGGGCGUUCAAUUUUAAUUGAAUUUUAAUUUGCGAUCUUUUACGAGUUCUUCGCGUUAAUUGAGUACAAUGAUGAAAUGGCUAACCGAAUGCUGCUUUUUUGGAAUUAUGUAAAUUUGCCUAAAUAAAAAUAUUUUCGUCUCGAUUACUGUGCUUGGGUUUAAAACAAAAGUGCUGGAAAUUUAAAUUUGAAACAGCCGAUAACACGCACCCACUACAUGAAUAAAUGAAAAUGAAAUUUUACACCACCUAAGCACUAACCCACUCAACUAAACAAGAUGUUGUCCCACGCACUUUGGCGGCCUCAACCGGCAACGGUUGCCAUUGCUGCGAGCACUUUUGCCACCGCUUCAGCAUCCGACGAAAUGUUGCUGCUCGAUAACGAUAUCAUCGUAAGUCAAGCGUACUACUCCAAUUCGCCGCUCUUUGCCUUUGACUCAUCCUCGUUGGGCGACCUUCAGCAGUUGCUGCAGAGCGAGGCAUUCAAGCAGAAUAUGUCACUGACACUGAAUAUUUCAACGGAGAACCUCACGGAUCUGCUAAAUACUGCACAGCUCAAUCAGACCUGGGAGUUGCCGCAACAGCAGCUCCCCAUGUCUGCCUUGAUUACGCUCACCGUGUUCUAUGCCAUCAUUUUUGUUGCUGGUGUAUUGGGUAAUCUCAUCACAUGCAUUGUUAUAUCGCGGAAUAAAUUUAUGCACACUGCGACCAAUUUCUAUCUCUUCAACCUGGCGGUGUCGGAUUUGAUGUUGCUACUGUCAGGGGCACCUCAAGACGUUUACAGUUAUUGGUACCCAAAUGCCUUCCCAUUUGGCGACGCAAUUUGCAUACUUGGUAGUGUUUUAGCGGAGACAGCCACCAAUGCGACCGUGCUAACAAUAACGGCAUUUACCGUUGAGCGAUACAUAGCGAUAUGUCAUCCCUUUCGACAGCACACCAUGUCGAAGCUAUCGCGGGCCAUCAAGUUCAUCUUCGCCAUUUGGGUGGCGGCGCUGUUGCUCGCCCUGCCGCAGGCGAUGCAAUUCUCCGUUGUCUCUGAGCAAGGCGGCACCUCGUGCACGAUUGGCAAUCACUUUGUCGAGCAUGUUUUCGCCGUGUCGGGUUUUAUCUUCUUUGGCGGUCCCAUGACGGCGAUAUGUGUUCUCUAUGUGCUAAUUGGCAUAAAAUUGAAGCGUAGUCGCUUGCUACAGGCAGUGCCGAGACGUAGCCUGGAUGUGCAUCGUGGGAUCAGCGCGCAAAGUCGUGUGAUCAGAAUGUUGGUUGCCGUCGCCGUGGCCUUCUUCCUUUGCUGGGCGCCCUUCCAUGCACAACGCUUGAUGGCUGUGUAUGGCAGCAGCGCGAACAUUGAAUCGCAACUGUUCAAAGAUGUUUUCGAAGCUGUCGACCUCACAUCCGGCGUGCUGUAUUACCUUUCGACCUGCAUCAAUCCGUUGCUGUACAACAUCAUGAGUCACAAAUUUCGUGAUGCUUUCAAGGUAACGUUAGCUCGUCAAUUUGGAUUUCCCGGUCGCUCUCAGAGUCAAAGCCACAACUACAGCGCCCUGCUGCGUCAGAAUGGCUCCAUGCGUCUACAUACAACGGACAGCAUCCGAACAACAACAACGACGACAACAAUCAACAGCAGCGGCGGAAUGGGUGGCAACAGCGUUAGUCGUCAUUCAUCGCAUCGUUCACGUUAUACCUCCCUUGGCUCGCAGUCCCCACUAACAACAACACUCACCAAACGCGAUGAAAUCGUCGCGAAUCAAAUAAAUGGCAUUACUGCAGCAACCGCAGCCAAACAACAGCAACAACAACAGCAGAAGCAACACCAUCACAUGCUACAAACUCAACUAUCGCAACGCUCCAAUGGCACCGAUAGCAAUAUUCU